GCUGACUGGAAUACAUCCUUCCCAUUUCAUCCGCUUCCCUUCCCCCCAACCCUCUCUCUCACUCUCAACAUGAGCUUCGAGUCAUCUCGUUCCGAAGACAAGACCAAGAAGAAGAAGAGAAAAACCCUUGCUUCCUACUCCUCCAAACCUCAUACGAAAACCCUUGGAAUGGCGUGGGGCUCCAAUUCCCCGUCUUCUUCCAAAUCUUCCACCAGAAAAUCCCCUUUCGCCAAUUUCGGAAGUUACAUGGAAGAGAAGAAUCGGAAGCUCAGGGAUCAGUUCGAUGCUGAUGCUUCGAGUUCUUCCCUUGGCGAUUUGAAUGGUGGGAAGGGUCUUUUUCAUGGGGUUUCAAUUUUCAUCGAUGGAUUUACUGUUCCGUCCAGUCAGGAGCUUCGGGGGUAUAUGUUGAAGCAUGGAGGCCGCUUUGAGAAUUACUUCUCGAGGCAUCGUGUGACUCAUAUCAUUUGUAGCAAUCUUCCGGACAGUAAACUUAGGAACCUGAGGGCGUUUAGUGGCGGGCUCCCAGUCGUUAAGCCCACAUGGGUGUUGGACUCUGUAGCUGCCAAUAGAAUUUUGAAUUGGGUUCCUUACCAACCAGAACAGCUUUUGAAUGAAACACGCAAGCAGCAAAAAUUGUCUGCCUUCUUUGCUCUAAAAGCCAACUCGAGCUCCAAGGAUGCUGAAAUUACUCUGAAGGAUGCUGAAACUACUCUGAACUUUCAAGUAAAACUUGAAACAGAAAGUUCGUUGUCAAAGGGCAAUGCAGUUAAUGAUGCAUUGUUACCUGAAGUGGGUGACUCAAUAGAAUCUAAAAGCAGGAGUGCUGAAGAAUCUGCCUGUGCUGGUCCUCCUGGGCAUCAAACUCCUUGUGAGGUGAGAAUUGCAGAAUCAGGUUCCAGUGAUCUAGAAGAUGAGCACAGUGUUAGAGAGGCAUUUCAUUCCAGUCCAGAUAGGCCUUCUGCUACAGUUGACAGCUCCUGUUUAAAUGAUAAAAAUAUGAAAGAGCGAUUGGAUUCAAGAGUUCUAGGACGUUCUAAUCAGCAACAUUCAACUCUUGGUGAUCCUAAUUUUGUUGAAAACUAUUUCAAGAACUCGAGGCUGCAUUUUAUAGGAACCUGGAGGAGUCGGUACCGUAAGCGGUUUGCCCAUCUGAAUGAAGUUAAACAUGGCAAUCCUAAAGUUAAUGCUCUUCCUCCUUCACAGGGAAAUACUAUUAUCCAUGUAGACAUGGACUGUUUUUUUGUAUCUGUGAUCCUCAGAAGUCACCUUGAAUUACUAGAUAAGCCUGUAGCUGUGUGCCAUUCAGACAAUCCCAAAGGAACAGCUGAAAUAUCUUCUGCAAACUACCCUGCACGAGACUAUGGAGUAAGGGCUGGAAUGUUUGUUAGAGAUGCCAAGGCUCGUUGUCCUCACCUUAUCAUAUUCCCUUAUAACUUUGAAGCCUAUGAAGAGGUUGCCGAUCAAUUUUAUAACAUAUUGCACAAGCACUGCAAAAAAGUGCAGGCAGUAAGCUGUGAUGAAGCGCUUUUAGAUGUCACAGACUUGGGAGGUGAUGAUCCUGAGUUUGUAGCUUCAAAAAUAAGGCAGGAGAUAUUCGAUGCCACAGGAUGUACUGCAAGUGCUGGAAUAUCUGGAAAUCCACUCAUGGCUCGCCUGGCCACUAGAACUGCUAAACCAAAUGGUCAAUGUUUUAUCCCUUUUGAAAAGGUGGAUGAUUAUUUAAAGAACCUUCCAAUCAAGGCACUUCCUGGCGUCGGGCAUGCAUUGGCAGAGAAAUUAAAAAAUUGGCAUAUUCAAACUUGUGGUGAACUGUGUAUGGUUUCGAAGGAAACCCUUCAAAAGGACUUUGGUAUAAAGACUGGUGAUAUGUUGUGGAAUUAUAGUAGAGGAGUUGAUAACCGGCUGGUUGAAAUGGUUCAGGAGUCCAAGUCUAUCGGUGCUGAAGUUAACUGGGGUGUGAGGUUGAACGAUCUAAAAGAUAGUCAAGAUUUUCUUAUAAAGCUUUGCAAGGAGGUUUCAUUGCGCUUGCAAGGAUGUGGCAUGCAAGGUCGCACUAUUACGCUGAAGGUAAAAAAGAAAAGAAAAGGUGCCAUGGCGCCCCGAAAAUACAUGGGAUGUGGGGAUUGUGAAAACUUGAGCCACUCCAUGACGAUUCCUACUGCUACAGAUGAUGUGGAUGUGCUUCAAAGGAUAAGCAAGCAACUUUUUGGUUCCUUCUGCAUAGAUGUCAAGGAAGUUCGAGGUAUUGGAUUGCAAAUCUCAAGGCUAGAAAGUGCAACAUCUGCUCGACAAGGUCAUGAAAAAAAAAUUCUGAGGUCAUGGCUCGCUUCUGCUUCAGAAAAUACAGGACAGCUGUCUAGAAUCAAUUGCCCAGCCAAAGAGUGGUCCGAUGGAGAGGUAUUAUUGCAUGAGGGACAAUGUGGGUGCAACUUUACAGACCAUGGAAAGCAGCAUUUUUGUGGAAAUUCUGGCCAGUUGUGCAUUGAUGGUACAGCUUCUUUGCAUGUUAAUCAGUCCAGUGGUGAAGCUGGUUUAAAUAAGGUUUUGACAUUGCCUCCAAUACGUGAUCUUGAUGUGAAAGUCAUAGAGAGUCUUCCCCCAGAAAUUAUUUCAGAAAUGAAUGAAAUGUACAAUGGAAAAUUAACCGAUCUCAUGGAUAAAAGCAAAGAGAAGAAUGACAGAAAAGGAAGUUCUUUAUGUACCACAUCACUGCAAGAAUUUGAAGAAUCUGAUUCAGGGGCGAGAAAUGAGGGCAAGCAGCCUCUUCAUUCUUCUCUGGUUCAUCAAGAUAAUAUUCCAACUAAAUCUGAGGUUAAGGAGAUUAUGGUUCGGGGUAUUCAGCCAGCAUCUACAUCUUGCUCUUCAUAUUUGCAUUUUACCACUAAGGGUGCAGAACAAGUGGAUUUAAUGCCUACAUCUUUAAGUCAAGUGGACAUCUCAGUUCUACAAGAAUUACCUGAAGAAUUGAAAGCUGACAUAAUCGAGGUACUUCCUGCUCACAGAACAUUAGACUGUUGUGAUGAUGCUACUGUUGGUUUUGUAAAGGGGAUUCCUCACGACAUCAGAAGAACGAAUAGUAGUGAAAAUUCGGUUGCAGAACUAGAUUUUGAUUGUAAACGCAAUCUUUGGACAGGAAGUCCACCAAAAUGGGUUGAGAAGUUCAAAUUUAGCCAUUGCCAGAUAUUGAAGAUUCUUUCUGAGUUGUAUUACAAAUCUAGGUCGAAAGGCAAAUUAUCAUCCAUUCUGCAAUGUGCAUUUUCUUCCUUUCCACUUUCUCUAGAUUUGGGUGGUGACAAUUCGGAUGAAGCACUAUCAAGUUUGAGUGAGCUUCUUAAGCAGUAUAUUGAGAUUAAGAUAGAAUCAGACAUUGAAGAGAUCCACAUUUGCUUUUGUCUUUUGAAAAGGUUUUCGACAAAGUCCAUGCUUCUCUUACAGGCCUACAACAUAGUUAUUCCUCAUCUUCAGGCCUAUGUCGGUGAAAGUUAUGGAGGGAAUUUGCUGCUUUCAUGUGCACAUGAAUAAGGCUUCAGCAUGCUGUAUAUUCACAUUACUUGAGCCUGUUGCCUAAUUGAGACUUUGUAUGACUUUUGAGUUUUGACUGUAUAUAUCAUUGAGAAAAGCCUGUUUUUUCUUCU